CACUUUAUAUAUAUGAAGACAAUAGAACAUUAGAACAUAAUUGAAAGGUAGUUAUGGGAGUGAAACAAUUAUCUAUAUAAUAAUUUAAAGGGCAUCUCUAUCAUCCCCAAAGCAGAGUGUGCCUUCUUUGUAUCCAUAUAUGCUCCUGUGUGUCUUGAAAGAGUCGCCAACGACUGUCAUUCUUCCCAUCCCUUCUACACGCAACACAAGAACAAGAUUUAUCCUUCAAUCUCACUCAAACAUACCCAAAUCUCCUUCUCAUUCAAUCUGUCUACUUGUUAGAAUACAUAGCUCUGCUUUGUAUCCUUUUUGAUUUUAAUCGUUUGAUCCAAGUUUGCUGAAAUAAGCAGGAAAUGGGACAAGCAGAGAGCAGUACCGAGAAUUUCCAGAAACUCCAGCAGCAGCAGCAGCAAAAGCAGUUGAUUCCGGGCUUGCCUGAUGAGAUAGCCAUGGAUUGUUUGGUGAGAGUACCCUACAAAUUCCUCUCCAACAUGAAAUUGGUGUGCCAGAGUUGGCGAAGCUUGAUUAUGCAUCCUUCUUUCUACCAAGAGAGGCGCAGAUUCGGCACCGCCGAGCACAUGGUGUGCAUGAUUCAGCCUCUUCCGAUUCCCUCGCCGCCGCCAAUAACAGAGUCCUCUGCCUCUGAUGAAUUGAGCUCCGAAAAGGUCGAUGAAAAGAGCUCCAGCCGGCAGCCUCUAGUUCAACAUGGGCUGACUAUCUUCAACGCCACCCACCGGACCUGGCACCGGAUGAUGAGGCCUUCCGGCGGCGGCGGAUCGUUAAGGAUCCCCAUGUUCUGCCAGUGCGUGGCACUUCCUGCAUCUGGUAAAAUCCUGCUCUUAGGAGGCUGGGACCCCAACACAUUAGAACCGGUGCCGGAUGUGUAUGUCGUUGAUUUGAUCGGCGCCGGCGUUGCGCGGUGGAGACGUGCGGCGCCCAUGUCAGUGGCGCGCUCUUUCUUCGCAUGUGGGGUUGUCGGACAAUCGACGGUUUAUGUGGCGGGGGGACACGACAAUCAGAAGAAUGCGUUGCAAUCGGCAGAGGUGUAUGACGCAAAUGCCGACGAGUGGAGAACGCUGCCGGCGAUGGCAGAGGAGAGGGACGAGUGCCAGGGAAUCUCCUGGGAGGGGGAUUCCAGGUUCUGGGUCGCCAGCGGGUACAGCACCGACAGCCAAGGAUUUUUCCGGUCGGACGCCGAGUGCUAUGACCCCAUUACAGAAUCUUGGUCCAAAAUUGAAGGGGUCUGGCCAUAUCAGAGUGUUAGUCCCAGAGGCGUCACCGCCGCCGUCACGAGCAGCAGCGGCUGCCAGUGGUGGUGGUUCUUGGGAAGCCAACAACAGCAAGAAGAGAAUGGGGGAGGAAAGGAAUUAUCCCACAACAGCAGUCAGAUGACGUGGGAGGUGGUGAAUUCUGCUCAGUUUCCCAGCGGCGUUAAUGGAGGAACACCAAUCUCUGUCACCGCUCUCGGACACGCCGAAGAUCAGCAGCCGCAGCGGAUAUUCGUGAUGACCAGUAAUGGCGGUGAAUGUGAAGGAGGGGGGGCAUACAUCUUGGAGAGGGAGAGCAGCAACAACAGCAAUGGCGGUAGCCCCACCAAGUGGAAUAAUGUCAAAACACCUGCUGGAUUUUCUGGCUUCCCAUAUUCGAAAUCAUGCCUCAUUAUCUGAAAUGAACAGAUUUUAUCAUAUCGUGUUCUUUGGGCAUCUUUUGUUGACUUUGAGUUUAGUUUGAGUGUCAGUCACAUGGGCCAUGGCUUGGAUGUAUCAGUAACAUAAUGCUCUAGUUUGAGUAUUAUUGGGUGCAUUGUCAAUUCUAGCACCGUCUCUAUAUCUCA